GAGUCGCUAUCGCUAUAUAACGCUGUCCGCUACUUGUAGCUUUCAGCAAGAAGUUCAGCACCAUGGAGAGCUCUCGCCUGCACCUAAUGCUCGGCCCCCUGUUCCUACUCCUUUUUCUCUCAGCCAACUGCCAGGAAGACGCCGACUCCUUGGAGACCAGAGCCGCCGACUUUUUCUCCCAGGGAGACAACAGCGUUCACGAAAAGGAUCUGAUCGACGCUCUGCAAGAGGUGCUGGAAAAGCUGAAAAAUAAAAGGCUUCCUUUAUUUGAGAAAAAAUACGGCCAAGUUCCCAUGUGUGAUGCCGGAGAACAAUGUGCUGUCAGGAAAGGACCACGAAUCGGAAAGCUCUGCGACUGCCCCCGACGGACUUCAUGCAAUACAUUCCUAUUAAAGUGUUUGUAAGCGUCACAAUGAAAAAGGACAAAGCUCAUUCACCUGGAUUGUCAGGGGAGACGAGAACUCCCAGGGGCCCAUUCUGAUUCUGUGUCAAGGGUUUUCAUCAUUGUUUUCUCGUUGUGGAGAGCGUUCAGGUACAUAACAUGUGCAUAUGUAUUAACAUUGUGCUGUAAAUGAACACAAUGCUGUACAAUACGUCCAUGAGACUUUGUUAUGAAAACAUUGCAUCAAAAAGCUUCUAUUAAAGACAUUUAAUCAUAA